AUGGAAGGUGACCACAACAAAAAUCUAAAUUUAAAUAUUAAUGAAACAGUAGUAUAUCUUUAUGAUUUUCAAAAUAACUUCAAUCUGAGUUAUCCAAUAAACGGUGCUGUGAAAGCAUUUACAAAUGCCUACAACUUAGAUGUUACAAGACGUAUUAUUUUAUUCGUUCCUGGAUACAAAUCUCAUGUAGUAAAAAGUGCAUCUGAAAUCAUUAGAAACGCCUUUAAAGACAUGCCAAACAUAUAUCUAAUGAUAGUAGACCAUUCAGCGUACACGUCAGCACAAGGGGGAAAACUGAACAGCUAUGAGAGAUCUGUUACUUAUUCGUACUACUUGGGCGAAGCAAUAGGGAAUUUGUUAGUUGAUUUAAGUAUGUAUGGAUUCCCGGCACAAAAUUUGCAUUGUAUUGGACAUAGUUUGGGAAGCCAGAUGCUUGGUCACGCAGGCGUUGGAUACUUCAAUAGAACAGCGGAAAAAGUUUGGAGGAUAACUGGCAUAGAUCCCGCAGGGCCAUGCUAUUCAAAUGCCUUAAUUCAAGAACAACUGAGAUCAGGAGUAGCGGGCUAUGUGGAAGUGUACCAUUGUAAUGCUGGGGGUUUGGGUAGCACUAGUGUUCUGGCUGAUACAGAUUUCUUUAUAAACAAUGGUAAGAUUCAGCCUCAUUGUGACGCUGGUUUUUUUCCGAGUCUUGGUGAUUCGGAAUCAAAGUGCAGUCACAAAUCUUGUGUGAAAUAUUGGGCGGAGACAGUUAAUAAUCCUGGGUGGUACUUGGCUUGGAAAUGCGAUUCUUACAAAGAUUUUUCGCAAGGGAAAUGUUCUAGGAAUGAAGUGACUAUAGCUGGAUACUCCAACCCUGGAAAUUCUACUGGUACUUUCUAUGUGUCUACAAGUUCGUAUAAAAUUUUCGAUUGAGUAUCAUAAAAUAGUGACAGUCACAAAUAAAUAUUUUUUGUAUAAAUGUAGAUCAAAAAAGUCGUUUAAUAGUUUGUGGGUCAUUCUUAGAUGACAUUUAUCUCAGAUAAAUAUUUAGUUUUUAUAUUAAUUUAUUUUUGUAAACGAAUAUUAAAUAAGAAAAUAUUUUAUAUAUUAAAAAUAUAAAGCCACAA